AUGGAGUCCGUUACUCGUUGGUGUCUAUACAGCACCGAGACAGUUGCGGGCCUGACGCACACGACGGACCUUUUCUCGCGGCUACUCAAGGAGCGCAUCGUCGCUGUCUACGGCGAAGUCGACGACCGCAUGGCUGCCACCGUCACCGCGUCCCUCCUGUACCUCGAGGCCGAAUCUGACCGUCCCAUCUCCAUGUACAUCAACUCGCCCGGCGGGAGCGUGACGGCCGGACUCUCCAUCUACGACUGCAUGAACUACAUCGUCCCCGAAGUGUCGACGCUCGCGCUCGGCCAGGCCGCCUCGAUGGGCAGCCUGCUCCUCGCCGGCGGCGCCGCGGGCAAGCGCUACUGCCUCCCCCAUUCGAGCAUCAUGCUCCACCAGCCCAGCGGUGGCCACUACGGCACCGCGGCGGACAUUGCCAUCCACGCAAAGGAGAUCCUGCGGAUACGCGCGCAGCUGAACGGCAUCUACGAGCGCCACUUGACGGGGAAGAAAAAGAUGACAGUCGACGAGAUCGAGAAGAUGAUGGAGCGCGAUUACUUUUUGAGCGCCGAGGAGGCCCUGGAGAUGGGCGUCGUCGACGAGAUCCUGUCCAGCAGGAAGAAGAAGCCCGACACGACGAAUGAAGAGACGUGA